AUGUGUACAGGCUCAUUAGUGUCAACAAGGGCAGUGCUCACAGCUGGUCAUUGUGUUUGCUCACCGCUGCCAGUCGUUCGGGUUUCAUUUCUCACACUGAGGAAUGGCGACCAACAAGGCAUCCAUCAUCAACCGUCUGGAGUGGUGGUAGCACCAGGAUACAUGCCCUCUUGUAUGUCGGCACGACAGAGGAGACCAAUCCAACAGACACUCAGUGGAUUCGACAUUGCAAUUGUAUCGCUCGCUCAAUUGGUCAACUUACAGACUGGAAUCAGAGUGCUCAGUCUGCCACAGCCAACGGAUAUACCGAGACCUGGAACUCCGGUUUUCAUUGUUGGUUAUGGAAGGGAUGAUAACGACCGUGAUCCACAACGUAAAAAUGGUGGAAUUUUAAAGAAAGGUCGAGCGACUAUAAUGGAAUGCCGACACGCGACCAAUGGCGAUCCUAUUUGUGUGAAAUCAGGACAGAAUUUCGGACAGUUACCCGCUCCAGGUGACAGUGGUGGACCUCUCCUUCCAUCCCCUCAAGGUCCAGUACUCGGUGUCGUAUCACAUGGUGUCACAUUGCCAAACCUUCCCGAUAUCAUUGUCGAGUAUGCCAGUGUGGCUAGAAUGUUGGAUUUUGUACGCUCCAAUAUUUGA